GAAGGAUGAAUAAUUCUAAAGAUUGCACAGAGUCUUUUAAUAGUACUCUUAUUUCAAAAGAUGAAAAAAAUAUGAACUUAGCUCCUUCUGAUUCAUUGAAGGGUGAAUAUGUGGAUGAGGUCCUUUCUAGCUCGCUCAAAGCAAACCUGUUCAGUGCGGCUGGGUGUAUUCUUUGGCAGACUAAGGCCCUGCACCAAAAAUUACAGUAUAAGGAGAAGAAACGACAAUAUCAUUAUAACCAUGUUGAGCUUGACAACUUUCAUCGUCAGAUGCUUGAUAAGUUGGAUGAAAAAAGGCGGAGUUUUACAGAAAGCCUAAGGGACUUAGCGAAAUCUAUGGGUGCUUCCUACGCCAGUGACACUGGGUACAGUGAGACGUUUAAGAUAAUCCCCAUUACCGGUACGAGUGAACAAGAUGUAAAGCUUGAGGAAACAAAUGAGGCGAAAAUAAAUUGUUAUUCAUCAGAGGAGGUAGCAGCCCUACCUGAAUCUGAAACCGUAUCAUUUCAGGAAGGAUUGACCAAUCUGCAUGGUCAAUCAUUGGCUAAGAGAGCCAGAGUGGAAGAGGAAGUGGAGAAAUCAAAUACAAUUGGCGGUGGUAGUGGCCCGAAAAGUGCUCUAGCGCGUUUAGUUGCCCAAGCAAGAGCUAAAGAACGGCAGGAAUGCGAUAGUUUCUCUGUAUCUGCUCCGUCGAAAUCAGAAAAAAUACAAAAUAAAGUGGUAACAUUCGGCGGAAAUUUAAUUGACCCUGCAACUUCAAGCAUUUCAAAUUCAAAAAUGCACUCCAAUAGUGUUCACACUGGUACUAGUAAUAAAACAGAGUGCAAUCUAGAUGAUAAAUUUUCAGAUGACGAAGACUUUACGAUUCCUCUUCCCCCUAUGAGUAUACCAUCACAAUUCACAAAGCCUACAGAUCCUGCCCUCAGUGCACCCAAAGAGAACUCUAAAGCCCCAGAGAAGCACCCUUCACAGAUGACAAGGGAGGAAUUUUUAAGCCAGUAUAAGCGCGCUCCGAGACGUGGUGAAAUAGGUCAGAAUCCGGACCAGAUUGCUCGCGCCAAGGAGCUGGGAUAUGUGAUGUCGGGUUCGCAAAGCAAGGCAUCACAAUUGUAUGUGGACCGUAUUCAGAGGCAGCUACAUGAGCGGGAAGCUGCGCGGCUUCAUCAGCAGUUUCGAGAGGUGGAAGAUAAGCUCAUGGAUCAAGAACUGAUUCAUAACCUUUUAGACAUAAUUCAUACCCAAAAAAAUGAGUCCAGUUGUGAACAAAGAGAAGACCAUAAAUAAAUAUGUGAACUGUUGAACACGCAACGUUCCUUGAGUCUAAAAGGUCAGUAAAACAAACACCAAGAAAUGGAUUGGUCUCUAUACCUUUUACAUUCAUUGAUUUACCUU